UCUUAGCGCAUGCGUCCUUGUGUCGAAUCUGCCGAUGCGGAAGUAAAAAUGCAUCUUUAGACGUCACUCAUUGGAAAGCUACCAUGGCAGCAACUAAAGCCUCCAAAGAGCAGAAAUACGACAGGCAACUCAGACUGUGGGGGGACCAUGGCCAAGAAGCACUGGAGAAUGCACACGUCUGUCUCGUCAACGCCACAGCUACUGGAACAGAGAUCCUGAAGAACCUAGUGCUGCCAGGUAUUGGAGCAUUCACCAUAGUUGAUGGACACACUGUUUCUGGAGAAGAUGUUGGAAACAAUUUUUUCCUCACCAACAACAGCAUCGGAAAGAACAGAGCACAGGCUGCGACUGAGCUGCUACAAGAGCUAAACAGUGACGUCUCUGGAAACUUUGUGGAAGAGAGUCCUGACAAGCUCAUGGACAACGAUCCAGAGUUUUUCCACAGGUUUACUAUAGUCAUUGGUGUCCAGUUGCCAGAAAGCACAUGUUUGAGGCUAGGCUCAGUUCUCUGGAGCGUCUCUGUUCCCUUCUUAGUCUGUAAAUCCUACGGCCUGAUCGGCGCCAUGAGGCUGGUGGUGCAGGAGCAUACAGUGAUUGAAUCUCAUCCUGACAACGCCUUGGAGGACCUGAGGUUAGACCAGCCUUUUGCAGAGCUCAAGAACCACGUUCAGACCUAUGACCUUGGCAGCAUGGACAAGAAGAAUCACAGUCACACGCCGUGGAUCAUCGUUGUUGCUAAAUACCUGGAGAAGUGGCUCAGUGAGCACAACUGUCAGCCGCCAAAAAACUACAAAGAGAAAGAGGCCUUCAGACAGCUCAUUAGAGAAGGGAUUCUAAAAAAUGAGAACGGCGUCCCAGAAGACGAAGAAAACUUUGAGGAAGCUAUUAAGAAUGUCAAUACUGCUUUAAAUCCAACGAAGGUUCCUAGUGCUGUUGAAGACCUGUUUAAUAGUGAGCAGUGUAACAACAUCACAUCACAGACUUCGCCCUUCUGGGUGAUGCUGCGAGCUGUCAAGGAGUUUGUUCUCAGUGAAGGCCAUGGAAGCCUACCUGUACGAGGAUCCAUCCCAGACAUGAUCGCAGACUCUCAGAAGUUUAUCAACCUUCAAAAUGUUUACAGGGAGAAGGCCAUGCAGGACGCAGAAGCUGUUUCUAAGCACGUAGAUUCUCUAUUGCAGUCUGUUGGAAAGCCGCCGGAGAGCAUCUCUGAAAAGGACAUCAAGCUGUUCUGUAAGAACUCGUCCUUCCUGAGGGUGGUACGCUGCAGAUCUCUAGCUGAAGAAUAUAGUGCGGAUUCAGUCAAUAAAGAUGAAAUCACUUCAUGCAUGGACAAUCCAGAUAGUGAGAUGGUCUUCUACCUCAUGCUCCGGGCUGUGGAUCGGUUCUAUCAGCAGCAUUCCCGCUACCCAGGAGUUUAUAACUACCAGGUGGAGGAGGACAUCAGCAAACUGAAGCUCUGUGUGAACAGCUUACUACAGGAGUACAGCCUUAAUGUAAACAUCAAAGACGACUACAUCCACGAGUUCUGUCGAUACGGAGCAGCAGAGCCGCACACAGUCGCUGCAUUUUUGGGAGGGUCAGCUGCUCAAGAGGCCAUCAAGAUCAUCAGCCACCAGUUUGUGCCAUUCAGCAACACGUUCAUUUACAACGCCAUGUCACAGACGUCUGCCACCUUACAGCUGUAGAUACGAUGCAGUUAUUGUUUCUGAGCUUGGUUAUCAAAGGAAACACAGAAAGGUCAAAACAGGGAAUCCCACCACAGAUAAGCCUGAAGUGGAAACUGCACAUUGGCUUUUUGAAGAAGGUACAAAAUUACAUUUUUAUGUCACUGGAUUGGAUAUUAUCUGCAAAGGGAGGACAUCAGGAUCACACCCACACACCAUUUUUACUGUUUUUCUUUGAUGCUUACACUAUCAAUCAAAACUAAAACACUGAAACAAGCUUACUCAGAACUUUAAUGUAGUAUGUUCAUCUUACAACACAUUUAUAGAUGAUAUAUUACAGCGUAGCAUUACUUUGUAUACUUUAGUCAAAACUGUUCUGAUAUUCAGUUUGCAACAAGGUGGAAGAUUCAUGGGGUGUAAAUGUAAAAACUGCACUUGUUGUAUGUAGUGUUGAAUUUGUCAUUUAUUGCUAUAAAAACAUUCAAAAAUA